AUGGGUAAUGCAGGAUUUAUAUCAUCAACCGUUUGGAAAGCCUUUCAAGAGCAGCCAAGGAGAUCAAAGCGUCUUGUUUUCUACGACCAAAUAUGCAUUAACCAGCAUAACAAAGAGCUGAAGACGGCUGGGCUCCUGAGCAUUGGCGCCUUCCUCAAGCAGUCCGAAGAGUUCCUGCUUGUAUGGGACGACACGUAUGCUGCGCGCUUAUGGUGCAUCCUAGAGUUGGCGGCAUUCUUGAAAAGUCAUGAGCACCAACAGCACAAAGUUCAGAUCAGGCUUGCUGUCAUGGCUCCUUGCGUUUUGGGUAUUGCUUUCGCGCUUUGGGCUACCAUGCUGCAGUGGCUCUUGUUUUUCGAUCAGACCUAUUUGGACACCGUGGUACUCCUGGUCUCUCGCUGGCUUUUCAUGUGCAUUGCUGCCGCCGUCUUGCGAUCGCAUUACCGAAACACAGAGAGAAUGCUGCAACAGCUCGCAUCCUUCACCGUGGAGAACGCCGGCUGUCACUGCUGCAGAAAGGGCGGAGAAGAUUGUGCCCAUGAAAUCUGCGAUCGGGCCGUCAUCGCACACUGCAUUCGCACCUGGUACGGUUCUGUCGCGACCUUCGAGGAGACAGUAAAGACUCGUGUCAAGACCAUGCUGUACCGACAGCUGGGUGGAUUGUUGUUUCCUUAUGGCUGGAAGGUCGUUGGUGGAUCACCUCUUCUGUGGGGCUUCUGCGACAUGACGGCUGCUCGCUUGCGAUCCGGAAGCUGGAGAGGAGCUGCAAUCGUGUUCGCCGGCGGCCUGACAUGGUGUUUCUUCCUCUGCCCCCACCUCUUUGAAGUGGCAUUGCUGCUUGCCAGGUAUUUUCGCAGGAAGGCGCCAGGCACCUGGCAAGACAGGCUGAAGACGAUGGCAGUUGCACUGCUGCUCACCAUCGUCUCCUUUAUUGGAAACAUUACGUCACUGGUGCAGGAUCCCUUGCCUACACUUCUUUGGUUUACCGCUCCAGUGCUGGUUGCUGGGGUGACGUGGAUUGUCAGUCGAUAUCAGACCCGACAGAGGGAGCGGAUGCUAGAUUUGAUGGAACUGGAACAGGAGGACCGCGUUGGAGACCAUAGUCAUACUCUGCAUGAUGCUGCUGCUGCCGCCGCGACCGUCGUCGUUUCACUUUGA